AUCUCACACACGGAAAUUUCGUUCCACGAAGUCUGAAAAUGGCUUCAAAAGAGCAUUUGGAGUUAUCGGGCUUCAUUAAGGAUGUUCAUAAAAAUCUGCGAAACGCGGCAAAACUCAUCGGAAGUGAUCUUGCGUGGAAACAACACCUAGAAGAGGAGAAACAAUUGAGAGAUUAUGCGGAGGCGAUGAAAAAUUUAUCAGAAAACCAUUGGAAAGUGAAUAGAGACAAGGAAUUAAACCGAAUUGACUGGACUGUGAAGCAAUGUCGGCAGUAUUUUGACGAAAAAUCAAUCGAAAAGUAUCGAAAAAAGGAAGAAGAGAUACUAGAAAAGGCUUACCUCGAAAAUUUGGACAAUCCGUUCAAGCCCGUACCAUGUUACCGACGACCCACAGAAGAAAACUCCCCGAUUCGACUCUUGGAUGUUGGAAGUUGCUUCAAUCCUUUUACGAAAUACGAGAAUUUUGACGUAAUUGCCAUCGAUAUUGCUCCCAGCAAGUCCAGCGGAGUGUUCAAAAUGGAUUUUACGAAUGUAGAAAUCGUUGAUGAGCCAAUGAACUUUUGUCAUAAUCGUCUUUCGCACUUGCCUCACACGUUUUUCGAUGUCGUGGUCUUUAGUUUGCUCCUGGAAUAUCUUCCGUCGUCGAAACAACGCAUAAAAUGUGUUCAAAAUGCUUAUGAAGUGCUCGAUAAUGAAGGUUUGCUCGUGAUAAUUACGCCAGAUUCGAAGCAUGUGGGAGCAAAUGCGAAAUUAAUGAAGAAUUGGAGAUACACGAUCUCGUUAAUGGGCUUCAAUCGUAUCAUGUUUGAGAAAAUGGAGCAUGUUACUUGUAUGGUUUUCCGAAAAUGUAUUGACAAAAGUGUUUCUCGGAGAUGGGCAAAGUUGCACAAAGAGGAUUUCAUGACGGAGGAAAUUAAUAUUCCGCAGGAUUUUACGGAGUAUGAAGUAGACGAUGAUCGACCGGAGGAUGAGAGAACGGAAGAAGACGAUGCAAGAGGGAAAGAAUUGUUGUUUGAGCAAUUACCGAAUGUGAUUUAAAAGGAAAAAUUAAGAUUAUUUUGAAAUUAAAUUAUUUUUUUUAAUAAAAGAA